GUGGACAUGUCGAAGGUGAAGCUGGACGUGCUAAAGCCCUGGAUCACUCAGAAGAUCACAGAAAUUCUCAAGAUGGAAGAUGAUGUAGUCAUUGACUAUGUCAACAACCAGCUUGAAGAGAAGGUGCAAGUGGUAGAAGAGAGAAGAAAGAAAUCCGCGAGGCAUCGUCGUCAGGCGGCGCAGCGUAGCAGAGCUACGAAGCGGUCAGCGCGCGACGCCGCGUCUUCUCGCUGCCGGCGCGUCCUCGUUGCUGAUGCAGCUCCACCACUAAUGAACAUUUACAUUACAUGUACUUGCUACACUCGCUUCCUUACCCGAGUCAUUUCUCUGCCGGAUAGUUCAUUCUGACUGGAUCAUAACUUGGCGCUCUUAACGACUUUUCAAUUAUUUUUAUUUUCCUCAAGUUUUUUUUGUGAAACACAUUUAGUGGAACAAAAAUCCAUACUUUUAGGGGCAAAAAGGUAGGAUGUAAAAUAACGAUUUUGAUGAAGAUUAAUAAUACAAGAUCUUUUCUUUCCCGAUCCUGUUUCCUCGACUCCUAGUUCCCUUGUCCCAAGAAAAUGCAGAUCAACUUAACUGGAUUCUUGAAUGGGAAGAAUGCGCGACUCUUCAUGGGUGAGCUGUGGGAGCUGCUGCUGAGUGCUCAAGCCAGUGAAAAUGGAAUCCCGGAGACCUUCACACAGCAGAAAAAAGAAGAGAUUAAGAAAAGAAUGGAAGAACAGCAGAAGGACAAGGACAAAGACAAGGAUCGGCGCAGGUCGCGGUCUCGAUCGCGGUCUCGGCGUCGUUCCCGGGAGCGGCGGCGCUCGCGGACCAGGUCUCGCGACCGAUCUUCUGAUAGGAAACACCGCAACGGAGGCAGCCCGCGUCGCUCGAGGAGGCGUAGCCGCGAUAGAAGCAGCCAGUCGAAGUCUUCACAUGUCGAAGAUAAUAAAGCAGCUGAGCCUAAAGAAAAUGGAAAAUCUCCAGAGAAGAAAGAAGAACCGGAGGUUAAGGAGGAGGUCAACCACAACACGUCAAAUGACACAACUAAGGACGAGAGUAAAGAGAAUGUCCUCAAGGAAGAUAAAACUGAAGAUGAAGGACAGAAAUCUCGUUCUGCUUCACCUGAAAAGUCUGCCGGCGAUAAGCCUGCCGAAGAUAAACCAGCUGAGAAAGCCAGGCGCUCAUCUAGCGAAAGACGAUCCACGUCUGCAUCAUCACGUGGUAGUGCAAAGAAAAGAUCAUCGCAUAAGAAACGUCAGUAUCGCUCUAAUCGCGAUUCAUCGACGAGCGUCAGUCCCAGACGUAGUUCCCGCAGAGAAAGAAGCAAGUCUCGACGUCGCAGCAGCCGACGCCGGUCGUUGGAGCGCCGCGAGAGGGAACGUGAACGCGAGAGAGAGCGAGAAAGGGAACGCAGACGACGGGAAAGGGAGAGGAGAGAAAGGUCCCGCGAACGUCGUCGCUCUCUGGAGCGUCGCAGGCGGUCACGCUCGCGUUCACGCAGACGCGGUACCAGGGAGAGGUCUCGUGAUCGCCGACGUUCCCGGUCCCGCAGGCGCUCGGCGUCGCGGUCGCGGCGGCGCUCGGGGCGUCGCUCGCGCGACCGCCGCUCCCGCGACCGACGCUCUCGCGACAGGCGCUCCAGGGAUAGGUCUAGGGAGAGGAGGUCCAAGGAUCGCACCAAGGACAGAAGAUCGAGGGACAGGAAGUCACGUGAUAGAAGAUCAAGCGACCUAAUCAAGGAACGGUUGGAGAAGUCUGUCUCUAUUCCUCGUAAAGAAAACUUGGAGAAGCUGCAUAAAAAGUCAUCUGAACGAGUAUCACUGCCGCGCGAGCAGUCUAAAGAACGAGCUGUAUCUAGUUCGAGUAGGGAAUCUUCUGUCGCCAAUGAAAAACCGGUUCCGACAAACGAUGAGCAGGCUAAACCAGCACAAUCAUCUGACGACGAAGAAAGAGAAGACAUCAUUGCUAUUCCAACCUUACGUGAAUUUUCUAAGAGUUUAUCUCGGACCCCAUCUCCUUUCUUAAGAAAACAUGAAAUUGAACAUAAGAAAUCGGAUAGGUCUGGCGAUGAUGCAUCUGUGAAAGAACAGAAUGAUGAGGAGUCUAAGCCUCGAGAAGUGAAGAAAGGAAAACGCAAAACUCAACAAUCUGAAUCAGAAAGCGAAAGUAGUGAAGAAGUACCUAAAAGCAAGGCUAAGCCAAAGGUCAAACGCAAAGAUAAAGCCACUUCCAAAAAGACAAAGAAACCCAAAAAAGAAAGCUCAUCAAGUGAAAGUGACUCCGAAGAUAGUUCGUCAAGUGAUUCUGAAGAUGAUAGGAAGAAGAAGAGCAAAAAGACUGCUAAGAAGAAGUUGGCAAAGAAGUCACGUAAGAAAAGAGCCCGUUCCUCUAGUUCGGAGUCAAGUUCGGAAGAAGAAGUCAAACAUAAGAGCUCGAAAUCUAAGCAAAAGAACAUUCCAGAAGAAUCUGAUGGGGAUAAAAAGUCAAAGAAACGUAACAAAGAUACCACCCUUGAUCACUCUAGGUCAGAAAAGAGUGACAGUAAGCAAAGCAAGUCUAAGAAAAUUGAGAAUUCUGAUGACUCGCGUGAUGACAGUUCCGACAGUGAUGAGAAGUCUAGCAAGAAGAAAGUUGUUAAACGCGAUACAAGUUCUGAGAAGGAAACAAGACGGUCAAAGAAACUGGACGCAUCUAAAGAACGUGCUGUUUCACCUGAAGGCGUUAAAAGUAGGAAAGCAGAAGAGAAAGUUGUGAAAUCGAAGCAUUCAGAGGAAGUAAAAUCUAAGUCACGUGAUGAUACUGAAAAGAAAGCUAAGAAACGUGAAAAAGAAGAAUCUUCUUCAGACAGUGAUCAGGUAUCAAAGAAGAAGGCUAGGAAGAAGGUAUCUGAUUCAGAAUCGGAAUCCGACAGUGAUGAACCUAAGAAGUCUAAAAAAGCUAAAAAGCAUAAGAAACAUUCUAAGAAGCAUAAAAAACACAAGAAACAUAAGAAGGCUUCAAAGAAGAAGGAUGACUCUUCAGACAGUGACGAAGCUGAAGAGGAAGAAGAGGAAGGCAAGGUGAAUAACGAAGAUUUAGAAAAAAAACUUCGUGAAAGAGCGUUGAAAUCGAUGAAAAAACAAACGAGUGUUUCAGGGUCAGACUAACCCAUAUUUUUUUGUCCACCGCGCUUACAAAACUGACUUUUUGAAGGAGGUUCAGUGGCUUAGAAUAAUUGUCUUAUUUUACGGUAUGUUACGAUUUUAAACAUGAAAUAGCAUGUAUGAUUUUAAUUAAGAUUACGUGUAUGUCACACUGUUAGUAAUAAAGUUUUAAAUUGUG